AUGCCACCGACGGGACCGAAACUCACCCUGGAGGAGCGACGGAGAGGCGAAAUCGCACUCAGCGAGUUCGCCGAAUACGCCGAGAAGCAGCAGGCCCAGCGCUCGGCCCCGCCUGUGCCCAGCGACAGUGGAUACGAGACGGCCAGCGUGUCUCGCAUCCACGAGGAUCACGCCGAGCUGGACAUUCUCGACCAGCUGGCAUUGAGCGACACGCCCAAGACCGUCAAGCUGAAGGAGGUCCUUCUCGGCACCGGCGAGCAGCCCGACGACGACCUGCAGGUGCUGGCGAGCCUGCUGCAGUCCCGGAUCGACGAGGGUCACGGCGAGACGCUUUUCGACCUGGGCCUCGAGGACGGCGGCGAGUCGAUGCAGUUCGACCUGGCGCAGUGGCACACGGCCAUCCGGCGCCUGCGCGAGGCCGCGGACACGCUCCCCGCGCACUGCCGGGUCUUGGUCACCUACAAUGUCGGCGGGCCCGAGGAGUCGCGCGUCAAGAACGAGCGGACCAAGGGCUCGUGGGGGAAACUCCUGAUCCGGCAGCCGGCGGGCACCGUGGAGGAGAUGGCGGAGAUCCGCGUGGCGGUGGUGGGCAACGUCGAUGCCGGCAAGAGUACCAUGCUCGGGGUCCUCGUGAAGGGGAACCUGGACGAUGGGCGCGGCAAGGCCCGGCUCAACCUGUUCCGCCACAAGCAUGAGGUCGAGAGCGGCCGGACCAGCUCCGUGGGCAUGGAGAUCAUGGGGUUCGACAGUCGCGGCGAUAUCGUCAGCAGCUCCCAGGGCCGCAAGCUCUCGUGGGAGGAGAUCGGGAAGCGCUCCGCGAAAGUGAUUGGCUUCUCCGAUCUGGCGGGCCACGAGCGGUACCUGCGGACGACGGUCUUUGGCAUGCUGAGCAGCAGCCCCAACUACUGUCUUCUGAUGGUCGCCGCGAACAACGGGCUGAUCGGUAUGAGCAAAGAGCAUCUGGGCAUUGCUCUGGCUCUCAACGUGCCGGUCAUGGUCAUCGUCACCAAGAUCGAUAUCUGCCCGCCCCAGAUUCUCCAGGAGACGCUGUCCCAGCUCAGCAAGAUCCUGAAGUCGCCGGGCGCGCGCAAGAUUCCGGUGUUCAUCAAGGACAUGGAGGAGACCAUCAACACAGCGACGCAGUUUGUCAGCCAGCGGAUAUGUCCUAUCUUCCAGGUGUCUAACGUGACUGGAGAGAACCUCGACCUCGUCCGGACCUUCUUGAACAUUCUCCCCCACCGGGGUCACUACAAUGUUGAUGCGCCGUUCGAGUUCUUGAUCAACGACACCUUCUCGGUUCCCCACGUGGGUACGGUCGUGUCUGGGGUGGCCAAGUCGGGGGUGAUCCAUGCGGGUGACACCGUACUGGUCGGGCCCGACUCGCUUGGUCAGUUCACUACGACGACGAUCAAGUCCAUUGAGCGCAAGCGAAUCCCGGUGAAUGCUUGCUUCGCCGGCCAGUCCGGCUCGUUCGCUCUGAAGCGCGUCCGGAGAAAGGAAGUCCGCAAGGGCAUGGUGGUUCUCAAGAAAUUGGAGCAGGCCCCGAAGGUCUACCGGGAAUUUGUUGCAGAAGUGCUUAUCCUCUCCCACGCCACGACCAUCAAGCCACGUUAUCAGGCGAUGCUGCACGUCGGCGCCGUGAGUCAGACCUGUUCCGUCAUCGACAUUGAUCGUCCAUUUAUUCGGACUGGAGACCGUGCGUUGGUUGCGUUCCGGUUUGUCCAGCGCCCCGAGUUCCUCGCUCCGGGAGAUCGGGUGCUUUUCCGUGAGGGAAAGACCAAGGGUCUGGGAAUUGUCAAGAGCGUUGGCUAUGAUCCCAAGAACCCUCUGAACCCCGAAGCUAAAAGCGCAGGGGACGCGAGCAACCCGACAUGA